CCCGCCGGCGCUCUCGCCUUUCGCCCGCCGACUGCUCCCGGCUCCCGGCUCCCGGGGGCUGAGGUGGAGCUGAGGACCCCGGCUCGGCCGCGGCUGAGCCGCCUUCUCCUCUGCGCGCGCGCGCCUGGUGUCGGCUUGGGCGUCGGGGAAGCCGGAAUAUAGUAUUUAAUGAAAAGUCCAUGCUUAAGUGGUGAAAAUGGCAGGCUUCCUAGAUAAUUUCCGUUGGCCAGAAUGUGAAUGUAUCGACUGGAGUGAGAGAAGAAAUGCAGUGGCUUCUGUAGUAGCAGGUAUAUUGUUUUUUACAGGUUGGUGGAUAAUGAUUGAUGCAGCCGUGGUGUAUCCUAAGCCAGAACAGCUGAACCAUGCUUUUCACACAUGUGGUGUGUUUUCCACAUUGGCUUUCUUCAUGAUAAAUGCCGUGUCCAAUGCUCAGGUGAGAGGUGACAGCUAUGAAAGCGGCUGUUUAGGAAGAACAGGUGCUCGAGUUUGGCUCUUCAUUGGUUUCAUGUUGAUGUUUGGGUCACUUAUUGCUUCUAUGUGGAUUCUUUUUGGUGCAUAUGUUACCCAAAAUACUGAUGUUUAUCCAGGACUAGCUGUGUUUUUUCAAAAUGCCCUUAUAUUUUUUAGCACUCUGAUCUAUAAAUUUGGAAGAACUGAAGAGCUAUGGACCUGAGAUCACUUCUCACAUCACAUUUUCCUUUUGUUAUAUUCUAUUUGUAGAUAAGUUUUUAUCUCUCAAUAUAAUUUACACAUUGCCAAAUGGAAUAGAUUGUACAUUAAAUGUUUUGUUUCUUUACACUUUUAUGCUCUGAGUUUUGAAAUAGUUUUAUGAAAUUUCUGUCCUUUUUUUUUCAUUGAAUAGAUUGUUAAUAUGUACAUAGUAUAAGACUAUAUAGAUGAGAUGAUCUGUGUCGGUUUUUUUAUUCUUGAAGACUUAAAGCUUAAUCUGUUCCCUGAGCCAGGGUUGUAUCAUCAUCUAAUUGUAGAGUUAACUACUUUGUCUCAGUAUCUCUAAUUUUCAAAAUGUGCAAAAAAUACAGCUCCAUAUAUCUGAAAUAAGCACUGAGCCAUUAAAAAAGGUAUAUCAGCAAGUUGUAAUUUAUUUUGGCUUAAAAAUGAGAUUUUUUUUUAAAGGAAAAAUGUUUGUUCUUAUGUAUAAAGUGGACUUUUAUACGAAGAUUUUUAAAAAUGCCUGAAGGACUAGUUUGAAAGCCUCUUUUAAAAACAAUUCCUCUCAUAUGACUUUAUUUGAGAAGGGUUAAUACAUGAUCAGAUAAGCUCAGUUUUAUAUGGUUGAUGUAAGAAGACUGACUGUAAGGCAGCUCAGCAACAUGCUUCUUACAAAAGCAGCUUAAAUGGUUCUCUUUUGACAGCCUACUAUUAUCUGACAUUGCAAAAUUCUAUAUCAAGCAAGUUUGAGACAACUGCAGCUUAAAAGCAUGAACCAUAUAACAAAAAGUGGAAUAAUUAGUUUCAAGAUAAAGCACUUCUUCCCAAAGGGGAUUAUUAUGACCUAGUGAAAAAUAAGGCGUUUCAUCCACUCAGUUACUGACUGCAAGUCUCUUUUUGCUCUAGCUUUCAAGCUUUAGGUGAACUCUUCUUGCAGAAUACAUCUUUAACCUGAAAGUUCUUACUCCAGUCAGAAACUUCUUUUGCUGAGUUUGAAAUACUGUAUUUGCACUGAGUGUAUUCCCGUGAGAGAUUUCAGAGGGAUAGUUGGGUCUUUAUUUCUACUUUUGCUUUCCUUUGUUAUACAGGUUUUGUGUUGCACUUUUUUCCUCCAGGGGGAUUUUUCUAGAGCCUUUUGUUGUAAGACAGAAUAAUAUCAGUGGUAUUGUAUGCAGCUUCUAAUAUAAGCCUUAUUUUGCUUAAUGUCUCUCCUCUCUGAGGAUCUCCUGUGCACAGAGUAUGAAGCAGUUGUGGAAUGCUGUGCCUUUGUCUAGAUACCAUCUUGUUUAAUUACUUCUUUCUUUGUUGUUUUUCCCUCAAAAAAACUGUGUCUUGCUUCCAACAAAUCUUAAGACUGAUUACUUGUUUCCACUCCCUUCUAACCUCUUGCAAUAAAUAUUACUUCUCACA